AUGACUCAAUGGAAAGUAAAGCUAACUAAGCAGUGGGACGGAAAGCUAGAACCGUUUUGGAAUGAUCGUUUGUCGUUGUGGGGGGUGCUUGAAAAAGAAGUACUCAGCAUCUUCAGGUACAUUGACGGGAGAAGAGUAGGGGCCAUCCCGUUGCGGUUGCGACAGAACGAGGAACUUCUGAGAUGCCAAUGGGAGCCGGAUGAUGGGGAGCUCUUCGCGGUAGCGCUGCGAUCGGGAUCGGUGAAGAUCUACAGAGGGCGUUUGGACCCCGAAGGCACCGAGGGCUCAGAGGGCGCCGAGUUGGUGGGAACGGUGGUGUUGGGGAGAGGGGACGCGUUCCAGAUGGAGCAGUUUGUGUGGAACCGGAUCAAGUGGCGCGUGAGGGAGCCGUUUUGCGGGGAAUUUGACAGCCCGCUUGUGCAGUGGCUUCCGCGGCUCACGGAGAUGAGCAUCAGCGCACAGGGCAAGCUCCUGUGCACGCCGCUAGGCUACGAGGGCCCAGAGUGGAACGCUGGGCUUGCGGCAGACGAGUCGAACAUGUUCCUCACGUUCGAUAAUAACACGCGCAAGGUGGUACUCUCGAUUGACGGCACCUUCAACUUCCGCUACGGGGAGAAGAGCAAGUUCCCUACCAAGGUGACGAGCAUACUCCCAGGAAACGAGAACCACUACGUGUUUAUCAACGACGAGGACUGGCAACUCCAGGUCAUCCGGCUUGAAUUCACCGAGUACCACCAGGUGCAUGAACUCAUGAAGUGCUGCUCGCAUAUACAGUUUCUACUGAAAUAUAUUCGCGACAACCACCGCUUGAUUGGGACCAAGCUCAUGGAACCACACGCGACCUUCACGGGCAGCCUCUUUCCCGAAGAGCAGUUUACUAAAUUUAUGAAGGGGCUAAAGGACGUAUUUUAUCUCGGGUAUUCGGAUGACAAGACCGUAGAGAACUGGUUCACUCUCAAGCUAGGGAGGCAUGGAACGGCCAUCUGGAAGCAGCGAAACCACUUAUUCUGGUCAAGCAGCCAGGGGGUUUUGGUGACUUGCAUGAUACCUGCCUGCGAAAGACUUAUCGUUUCCGCAAAAAGGUUGCUAGGCCUUGUGAAGAGCUUGAAGCUCAACGUGUUCGGCCUUGAUGACGACAACGAACUCACAGCUGUGGAGGUGCAGGACCUCCUCCAAAUGAGUUUGGGUUUACUAAAGGGGCUAGUGGAGCAGGUAGAACAGUUCCAUGUAGGGGAAAACGUGUCCAAAGACGGGUUAGCCUGGAUCGAGUAUAUGAUGGACAGUUUGCUCCACAACGAGGAUGAGGAUGCACAUAAUCUCAAUGGUCAAGAUGGGCUUUUCUCCAGCGACCUCGAUCCCCAUGAAGUGUAUCCAAAAGAACACUACUCGGUUCAGCUUUUUCUAAAUGAAUACAUCAUCCCGAAGAAACCAUACAGCUGGAUCAAGAGCGAUUUCCCGAGCCAACUCGAAGUUCUCAUGCGUCAGUUCGACCUUGUUCAGAAAAAUUACACCGCCAAGUGGAUAAAGAAAUUGAUCAAGGUUCCCGGGCCUGUCAGAAAGCUCAAAAGCCUCGUAGGCCACCGACUUGAGGAUGCUUUGGUGGAUGGUGAGACGAUAUAUAUGAUCUGCUCGAAGCGGUCACCAAAGAGGCCUGAUCUUGAUGAGGAGGUCGAAUGCAGCCCAUCCCGCGAGAGUGAGCUACAGCAAAGCAUGGGGAAACUUUCAGAAGAGACACCAGUAGAUGGAUACUCGAGGAUAUUCACGUUAGUUCAGUACGACGUCUCCUCCAAAGAGUUGACUAGACAGUCAAUACCUCCUCCCACAAACCGAGCGAUCAUAGCUAGCAUAAAGUUCGUCCCUGGUGAGUCAAGCCGGUUCUUAAUGCUCACCGAAGAUGGCCAGGUUAGAAGAUACCUGGUUGGCUAUUCUGGCGCCACUGACGUCAAGAAUUCAGCUCGGAUAACUAUUUACAAUGACUUUAAAGUUAUCAUGGAGCCUACAGCCCUCGAUAUAACGAACAAAAAGUAUUGCAAGAACCAGAUGAUUGUGCAUUCGGAUAUGGCUGUCACCAUACUUUCUCCCAUUCCUGUGGAGGCUCCAGCUGACGCGAAUUCAGGUCACUGCCAGCUAGUAGUACAAAUCAUGUGA